UUCGCGCUUCUACAUUGCCACAUUGCCGGUAGCAAGAGACAACAGGUAUGGGCAGAUUAAAACAGAAAAGUUACGUAAGAUAAAUGGUCGCUUUUGGCAUUUCGAAGAUAUCCCGGUAGUCUUUAAAGUUAGAAGCGGCAGGCAUAUGACUUGCGGGCGAUAAUGUUUCUGUUUUUAGCUGCAGGCUCCCAUCAUCAAAAAUAGUGAAGCGCGUGUGAACAGCGCGGCGUGACCCCACCCUGGCCGAGAGGACUCGGCUAGUCUCGGUCAACUAGAGCCGCAACUUUCGUGGAGGGGUACACAUUUAAACCUGCGGGAGUCGUGACUGCACUUAGAGAGUCGCAAAGGCAGGUUUAGACCUUGGGCUUAUUUAUCGCCGUCGUUGUUUUCAGCAGGCAAAGUCAGGAAGAGAGCGCAAGACGGAUGUGACCGUAGCGCAGUGAGAGCGCAACUCCGGAAAACUCUCCAACGUGGCGCUCACGGCUCACUGCUUACGAGUUGUUUUUUUGUGAAGGAUAUUUCUCUUCACUCUAAAAUUGACAGGACGAUCAAAGAAAAAAAAAACACGAGCCCAAUGGGAUCUCAGGGUCCAGGACGGAAGAGGGUGCCUAACAGAAACGGACUCACUGCUGAGGAGGACGCGCUGAAUAUAAUCGCUAAAGAGGCUGAGGCCAGACUGGCAGCUAAGAGGGCAGCCAGAGCAGAGGCACGUGAGAUCCGCAUGAAGGAGCUGGAGAGGCAGCAGAAAGAGAUCUAUCAGGUUCAGAAGAAAUACUAUGGAUUGGAUAACCUGGACAGCAAAUGGGGGGACAUUGAGCAAUGGAUGGAGAACAGCGCGCGCUACGCACGCCCCUCUCUGAGACACAGCUCGGUUUCAGAUGAAGAUGAGCAAAUGUCAGUUAGGAGCAGGAGCACCCUGCAGUUGGAUUUGGAUUCAGUGGGGGCACAUGGAGGGAGCUCCCAAAUAUCAUCUUUACACUAUCACAAGAAUUCAAAGAAGAAAAAGAAGCUCUCUUCUAAAACUAGCAAUGGCUAUGAUGAUUACAGCACAAUUUCCAGUCAGGGCUCUUUAUAUGAAGACAGUUUGUACAGUAGCUCUCGCCGUUCCAGCACCCAAGCUAAGUCUGAGUACAGUGGUGUUCUGGGUUUAUGCUCCAGGACGUCCUCUAGGGCAAGCUCAAGAUGUGCCAGCCCCACGGGCUCCUCUCAAGCAUCAACUUUAUCUACUGCCACUUUUGCCUCAUUAGGCUCAUGCAGAGGAAGUGGAGGUUCAACUGUUACUGCAGACACAGAGACCUCCAUGCAGGAGAUUAAGGAGAUUCAUGAGCUUAAGGAUCAGAUCCAAGAUGUAGAGGCCAAGUAUUUGCAGAGCCUCAAAGAAGUCAAGGAUUCCCUUGUAGAGAUGGAGGAGAAGUAUCGCAAGGCCAUGGUGUCCAAUGCUCAGUUGGAUAAUGAGAAAACUAAUCUAAUGUAUCAGAUUGACAGUCUAAAAGACUCUCUCAUGGAGCUAGAAGAGUUUCUUGCUGAGACUCGCAGAGAGUCUGAGGAUAAGAGUAAGCUAUUAGAGCGAGAGAAGCAUGCCUACAGUACCUUGCAGUUUCAACUCAAUGAACUUAAAGAAACCCUGAAGCAAAGUGAAGAGCUUCUCACUGAGAUACGUCAGUUACAACUCAAACAAGAUGGCUUGGUUAGGGAGGUUUCUGACCUGCAGGAAACUAUUGACUGGAAAAAUAAAAAAAUUGGGGCCUUAGAAAGGCAGAAGGAAUAUUCUGAUGCCAUUCGAAAUGAGCGGGAUGUGCUCAGGGAUGAGGUGGUUCAGCUUAAAGACAUUUUGAAGAAACAUGGCAUUGUUCUUGGACCUGACCUAAGCACCACCAGUGAAAGGGGGGCAGAUGUGGCUGAUGGAUCUGCUAGUGUUGAAGUUCCACAGGGGAGCAGUGUGCUUGGCCCUCAGGAAUUCCAGAUGGGUAGAGAUGGAAAUGUAGGAAGCUGCAGAGAAGACCAAGAUCAACAGUCAAAGGAUUUGGAUUAUGAAAUGCAGAACAAUCACCUCCAUCCACAUGUCCCUGACAAAUUGUUGUUGGUACAAAAUGAUGGAGGGCUUAUAAAUCAUGACUUCAGGAAUGAAAUUGAAAAUGAUGCUGUUUUAGACACUAAGAGUAUGAUUUCUAAUUCAGGGUUCAGGGAUAACAGUCAGACAAAGGAUGAGGUUGUAUUUCAAGAUUCAAAAGGUACAGUUUUGGAACAAAACUCUGUCCCUCCUACUAAGGAUACUUUGCCGACAGAUCAACAAGAGAGCUCAGUUUCUAUUAAAAUGAAUGAGUUAAAAGAACAGGAAAGCCCCAGAUCCACAAAUUAUGCAUGUGAGGUCGGUUUGGUUUCACAAGAAGAUAUGGGAGAUGCUCAGGCCAAAAAAGCUUCUGAAGAAUCAGCCAACAUGGAUAGCAAUGCAUCAUAUUCUCAAAGUGCAAGUAGUUCAAGCAAAAGGAAAAAGAAGAAAAAGAAGAACAAACAUAAACACAAGCAAAGUUCUGAAAAAAAAGGUGCACUGGAUAAGAAUAAAAAUGAGCUGAACGCAGACUGUACAGAUAAAAGAGAAUCGGAUCCAGAGUGUGGGGAACCCUCAGAGGAAGUAUCAGUAAAUGAAAAAGUAUCAACUAACUUAAAUGAUGAAGAAAAUAUGGACCCAGAGAACAAAGAUGAAUUGAGGAGCACGAAGUCAAAAGUUGACAGCAUCACUGAAGCUGUUUCAGAAUCAGUCAGUCAGAACCAACCAGAUCUGACUGACUCUAUGACCAAGUCAAACAUGUUUAGUGAUUUUGUAGCUCUCCAGAAUUCCUCCAGUAACACUGAGAAUACUUUAGUGGUAAAAAAUGAGAGAGAAAUUUUCCAAGUGGUAAAUGAGUUAGAAGAAAAGUGUGAUGAAACCAGAGAAGGUCAUAUUGUGUCUACUUGCCCAGAGGAUUUCCAGUAUGAAGAAAACUGUGCAGUAGACCACAGUAGAGGGGAAAAGGCCCACUUGGAAGACCUGUGUGGGGAUAGUGAACUGAAUACCUUUGAAGGAAUAUCCAUGGACAGAGGUGUGGGUGGUACUCCUUCAGAACAUGAACAAUAUAAGGACUUGACUGCAGUGCAACUUCCUGGAAAGGAGCAAGAAUGUCAUGGGCAUGUAUAUACAGUUCAGGAACCCAAAGUAAUGGAGGAUGAAAUUACGGUAGAACAUGAGGAAUCAGUUGAGUUGCAUGAUGAGGAUUUGGAGGUGUCCUCGGAUGCCAUUUGGUCAAAAGCAAAGUUGCAUGAAGAAACCGAACAGCAAGAAGGAGACAAACAUGAUAUUGGUCAGGAGCAGAUUUGUAACAACUGUAAACCACAGGAGCUCAUACUUGCUCACAGUAAAGAGGUAGACCAGGUACUGCAGAUGGAUAAGCAGGACACUGAUGGUCAUGAUGGGGAACAACUAACAGAGAGAGAGAGAUGUAUUACAGAGGAGCAGCAAACUGUAACAGAAGAACAGAGUGUGCAUCAGGCACAAUGCAUGGUUGAAAAUGAAGAAGAAAGAUCCCAAGACCAUCACGAAAUGAAAGAUACUGAGAGCAAUGCAGGAGCAGAUGAUGAAUCAACAAACAGUUUGCAGGACAGCAGACUUCCAGAGACGGUAGACAUGGGCCAAGUGGUUGUCACUUCUGUUCAAGUGGAAGGAGGUGAAAAUUUAGGGGAACAGUAAGUUGGAGAAGAUGCAACUGUGUUAAACAAAGAGGAUGCAAAGAGAAAGCAAGAAAGGGCAGGAUAAAAGUAAAGAGCACUGGAAACAUGUCCUGGUGGUGAUGGCCUUAACAUUAUACAUAAACAAAUCCUAUAAAGCCCCAAAAGUCACAGCUGUUUGACAUCAGAUGCGUAGUGAAAUUAAAAUGCCAUAUUUAUUUAUUUUUUAAAUGAUUAUUACAAUGGCAUGUCCUGAUUUGUUCUCUGUAUGUUGUGAAAGUUGUUUAAUGUUUGACAGAGUUUUUCAAAGCACACAGUACACCAAGAGCAGCAGCAACAAAAAAAAACAAAACAACCCUUUAAUUCAAAUGGCUCACUGUCAGCUUUGCUUACAGUAUUAAAUUAGUGGUUUGCUCAAUAAAUGUUUCUUAUCUAAUGUAACCACAAUGAUUUGUAGUUGAUAGACAUUGUAUUCAUUGAUGCAUGUAAUUGCCUUUCUCUGAUUCUUUGUUGGUGAGUGGGUACAGGCGCACUUUCUGUCCCCCAAGUUAAAAGUUAAUAAAAGUUUUUUUUUUAAAAAACAUGAACAUUAUUUCUAGUAGGAUAUGCAUUUUAUAUUUUCACCCUACUGCUAGAUGGUCACAGGAUAUAAUGAUCAUGUGAUCUUUGUGAUAUUGAUGCAGUUAAAUAAGUGUUAUAAGAAGCUUAGCAAUGUAAAACUCUUUAUUUUUAUCCCACUGGAUCACACAGCUGUAGAAAAAAAUAAGUAGUGUGAAAUUUGCAAUCACUAACAACUUGUACUCAAAAAAAAAUGUGUAGAAUGUACUGGAACUGUGAAUAGGACAUACAGAAUGUACUGGAACUGUGAAUAGGACAUUGCUGCAUGAAGCUGUGUGUGGUGAUGCUGUGUUCAUUCCUGAAGUUUCUGCAUGUUAUCCAUAUUCACUCUUCACAAAGCCCCUCAUUUGCAUGCCCUCUCCCACACACCUGGCUUAUCCCCACUCCUGUAAGUCUGCUUUCUUUAUUUACCAUUGAAUAAGAUUUGUAUUAAUGAAGUAACCAAACAGUAACUUCAUAAAUAAGCAGAAUCGGUGUGCUUAAGCAGGGGUAACUAACAUGCUGUAGUCCUCUGCGACUGGAGUUUGGCAUACCAGCUUUAAAUUAAUUAAUGAUGAUUAGAAGCACAGUAGCCAGUGCAUUUUAGACCUAAUGUAUGCUAAAAGUUAUUAUAUAAUACACAUAUAGAAGCCUUGUAGACUAUCUACAAAUCUCUGGGU